AUGUUGGCUACCAGAGUACUUAGCCUAAUUGGCAAGCGAGCAAUUUCCACUUCGGUGUGUGUACGGGCACAUGGAAGUGUUGUAAGGAGUGAAGACUACGCUCUCCCGAAUUACGUCGACCGGCGUGACUACCCCUUGCCCGACGUGGCCCAUGUCAGGAGCCUUUCUGCCAGCCAGAAGGCCCUGAAGGAAAAAGAGAAGGCCUCCUGGAGCAGCCUCUCCAUCGAUGAGAAAGUUGAACUGUACCGCCUCAAGUUCAAGGAGAGCUUCGCGGAAAUGAACAGGAGCACGAACGAGUGGAAGACAGUUGUGGGCGCCGCCAUGUUCUUCAUCGGCUUCACUGCUCUCAUCCUCACCUGGGAGAAACUGUACGUGUAUGGCCCCAUCCCGCACACCUUUGAGGAGGAGUGGGUGGCCAAGCAGACCAAGAGGAUGCUCGACAUGAAGGUGGCCCCGAUCGAGGGCUUCUCAGCCAAGUGGGACUACGACAGGAACGAGUGGAAGAAGUAA